UCCCAGUAUUCCAGAGAAGGAAGAAGCACAAGGAGCAAGCUGCUGAUCGGCUCUCCCACAAUGCUGUGCGGCAGGUAACGGCUCCGGUGACGGUGAAGAGCUCUGCUCCCCCCGGCUGAGAUGGAGGACAGUGCGGCGGAUCGGGUGAUGGAGGAGAAGCUCAUCCUUUACCAUUGGACUCAUUCCUUCACCUCCCAGAAGGUGCGACUGGUAAUAGCGGAGAAGUGUCUGAAAUGUGAAGAACACGAUGUCAGCCUACCCUUGAGUGAAAACAAUGAGCCCUGGUUUAUGCGCCUUAACCCAUCAGGAGAGGUUCCAGUCCUUGUUCACGGAGAAAAUAUCAUCUGUGAAGCUACGCAAAUUAUUGAUUAUCUGGAACAGACAUUUACUGAAGCUAAAACAGCAAGACUAGUUCCAGAAGAAGGAAGUGUGUACUACCUAAGGGUACAACACUACAGAGAACUACUGGACUCCUUGCCCAUGGAUGCUUAUACUCAUGGCUGUAUCCUACACCCAGAACUUACAGCAGAAUCCAUGAUUCCAGCAUAUGCCACAUCCAGGAUUCGCACUCAAAUUGGAAGCACUGAGUCCGAACUCAAGAAACUUGCCCAAGAAAAUCCAGAUCUUGAAGAUGCUUACAUUGCAAAACAGAAACGCCUAAAAAGCAAAUUGAUGGAACAUGAUAAUAUAAAAUACCUGACAAAAAUACUGGAUGAGCUGGAAAAAGUCCUGGAUCAAGUUGAAGUGGAGUUAGAGAGACGGAUUGAAGAAAGUCCAGAGGAAGGCACGAGUAAUGACUCCUGGCUCUGUGGACAGUUCUUCAGCCUGGCAGAUGUAUCGUUAGCUGUCACUCUCCACCGGCUGAAGUUCCUAGGAUUUGCUAGAAGAAACUGGGGCAAUGGCAAGCGUCCUCAUCUAGAGGCGUAUUACCAACGCAUUCUGCAGAGAAAGACUUUCAAUCAAGUUCUGGGAAAUGUCAACAAUAUUUUAAUCUCCGCUGUCCUGCCGACUGCGUUCCGCGUGGCAAGAAAACGAGCGCCCUCCAUUCUUGGUUCUUCUUUGAUGAUGGGGUUACUGGCCGGGGCCGGGUACAUCAUCUUCAUAUGCAUUAGAAAAAGACUGUUUAAUGUCUUCACCUCAGUUAGGGCUAAAAACUUUUUUUAGUUCUUUGUAAGGAUGUGAAUACGGAUAUCAGUUUAAUAUGUUAUCACCACUGCUAAUGAACGUACAAGAGGGUGAAAUAUGGGAAGCGAUAAUAGUCAGUGUAUGUUUAGAACUGCCCAGCUAGGCGCAUAUCUCAAGUAUGAAACUGUGAUGAAAUAUAUUGCACCAUAAUAAAUGGAUAAAUAUU